AUGGAUAGCGCCAGCGCGGGUGUUGCUGCUACCGCAGGACCCAAAACCGGGGUUUGCGAGGUGCAGGUGGAUGCUGCGGGUGUUCCGAGUUCGUUGAAGCGGUCCUUGGGUUUUUCUUUGGGCCGUGUCAUCCCCUCCUACCCUAUUCGCGUGCUGAUGCACAUAUUGAGUCUGUUGGCUGUGUGUUUAAUAGCAGCGAAUUCCCUAACCGGUACGGCGACUGUUCGGGGUUCCUUUUGUAAUAACACCGACAUCGCGUUGCCGAAGAAGAAGGGAUCGAUUAACUUGGGGCAGCUGAUGGUUCUUUCCUUCGUUGUGCCUUCCAUUAUUAUCAUCUUGGUGGAAUUGCUCAUAGCGCUGGUGCGGGCAACGGAGGACAAGGAAGCACAACAAAGCAGCAAUGUGAGGAUGUUCUGCUGGGAGGUGCCGCAGUGGAUUGUAGAUUUGUACACCUACCUCGGAGGGUUUGGCUUCACGAUGGCAACCGCGUGGUUGUUUGCAGAUUCUCUUAAGUGUUUUGUGGGCUCUCUGCGCCCCCACUUCUUCGACGCCUGCAAGCCGGACUGGUCUCAGGUGAAAUGCAAGGGUAGCAAUGGCGAGUAUGUUUACGUUGAAGAUUUCCACUGUAUGAACGAUGCUCACCGCGUUGAAGACGCCCGCCGCUCCUUCCCCUCUGGCCACAGUACGUACACCAUGUGCGGCAUGCUCUUCGGCGUUCUGUAUCUCCAGGCCCGCUUCCGUUGGCAUGAGCAGCAAACGGCACCUAAGCGGCGGCUGCGGACCAGACAGGGGGUUUUCGGUGCCUUCAUGGAGAAGACGUUCUGGUUCUCUCAGGCCCUGGUCCCCAUUCUGCAGGCUUUAAUGCUCCUCCUCGCCCUGUAUGUGCCUGCCACGCGCGUGCUGGAACAUUUCCAUCACGUCCGGGAUGUCUGCACGGGAAUGUUGCUGGGCGGCAUGGUGGCUAUAUUCGGUGCCUUCUUCAUCAUCGACUUGCGCCCCUAA